AUGGAUAAAAUUGCCUAUGAUGGCGGUUUCGUCAGCGCCACCCGGCCUCCAUCGCCAGUAUCUGGCCGCACGCCCACGGCUGUCCAUGCUGGGCUCGCGACGGAUCCUCUCUUGCCGUCAUCCGAAGAGACAUUGCAAUUGAUUCGCCGGUACUUUUACGAUACGGGUUUGCUGUUCCCUUACAUCCACCCUCCGACCUUCUUCGAGACAUAUCACCAAUUCAAAAACAAUGCCAAGAAAGUACGCCGGACCUGGCUAGGCUUGCUGAACAUCAUGCUAGCCAUGGCCAAAGUUACCGCCGUAUCCACCCAUGCCCCGGCUGAAACGCGAAUCACAGAGUCCACCCGCUACUAUCGACAGGCUCUUAAUUUGUGCCGGGGCGAGAUUCUGCGAGGGACGACUUUAGAGGUCGUGCAGUAUCUCCUGCUCAUGGGCCAGUAUCUCCAGGGGACGCAGAAAUCCGUCCAGGCGUGGACCGUACACGGACUCGCCGUCAAGGCCGCGUUGCAGCUCGGACUACAUUCGAAAGAUGCCUCCCAGGCGUUCCCGCCUCUCGAGCGCGAGAUACGAAAAAGGGCGUGGUUUGCCUGUGUCGUAUUAGAUCGGUACACGACCCUCUAUAAAUUGUCGAUUGUAGUUCCCGACUGA